UGCUGGAGAGACGCGGCGGCGCUGGCGGAGGAGGCGGCGGCGGGUGGGGGCUGGCUCCUGGGGCCACGGGCGGCGGCCGCAGGGACCGCGGCGCUGAGGGCGGGGGCCGGCCCAGGGCUGGAGGCAUCGCGCCCCGGGGCACCGGGUCCGCGCGCGGCCGCACACACCCACCCGGCGCGGCUUCCCGCGGCGGCCCAGGCUCCGCUCAUCCUGCGGCGGGCGGCGCCGUCCUGGGGCGGGAAGAGGAGGCGGUAGAGACUGCCGGAGAAGAUGUCGGGCCAAACGCUCACGGAUCGGAUCGCCGCCGCUCAGUACAGCGUCACAGGCUCCGCUGUAGCGAGAGCGGUCUGCAAAGCCACCACUCAUGAAGUGAUGGGCCCCAAGAAAAAGCACCUGGACUAUUUGAUCCAGGCUACCAAUGAGACCAAUGUGAAUAUCCCUCAGAUGGCUGACACGCUCUUUGAGCGGGCGACGAACAGUAGCUGGGUGGUUGUAUUUAAAGCUUUAGUCACAACACACCAUCUCAUGGUGCAUGGAAACGAGAGAUUUAUUCAGUAUUUGGCCUCUAGAAAUACAUUAUUCAAUCUCAGCAAUUUUUUGGACAAAAGUGGAUCCCAUGGUUACGAUAUGUCUACCUUCAUAAGGCGCUAUAGUAGAUAUUUGAAUGAAAAGGCUUUCUCUUACAGACAGAUGGCAUUUGAUUUUGCCAGAGUGAAGAAAGGAGCCGAUGGGGUGAUGAGGACAAUGGCUCCCGAAAAGCUCCUGAAGAGUAUGCCAAUACUGCAAGGACAGAUCGACGCCCUGCUUGAAUUUGAUGUGCAUCCAAAUGAGCUAACAAAUGGUGUCAUAAAUGCUGCAUUUAUGCUUCUUUUCAAAGAUCUUAUCAAACUUUUUGCCUGCUACAAUGAUGGAGUUAUUAACUUACUUGAAAAGUUUUUUGAAAUGAAGAAAGGACAAUGUAAAGAUGCUUUAGAAAUUUAUAAACGCUUUCUAACUAGAAUGACGCGGGUGUCCGAAUUCCUCAAAGUCGCAGAGCAAGUUGGCAUUGAUAAAGGUGACAUUCCUGACCUCACACAGGCUCCCAGCAGUCUUAUGGAGACCCUUGAACAGCAUCUAAAUACAUUAGAAGGAAAGAAACCCGGAAACAAAUCUGGUGCUCCCUCUCCAUUAAGUAAGUCUUCUCCAGCCACAACCGUUACGUCUCCGAAUUCUACACCAGCUAAAACUAUUGACACAUCCCCACCAGUUGAUUUAUUUGCAACUGCAUCUGCGGCUGUCCCAGUCAGCGCUUCUAAACCAUCCAGUGAUCUGCUGGACCUCCAGCCAGACUUUUCCUCGGCAGGGGCGGCAGCAGCCGCGGCACCAGCACCAGCACCACCUUCCGGAGGAGCCACUGCGUGGGGAGACCUUUUGGGAGAGGAUUCUUUGGCUGCACUCUCCUCUGUUCCCUCUGAAGCUCAGAUCUCAGACCCAUUUGCACCAGAACCUUCCCCUCCUACCACAGCUGCAGAAAUUGCAACUGCUUCCGCUUCUGCCUCCACCACCACAACUGUCACUGCUGUCACUGCUGAAGUGGAUCUCUUUGGAGAUGCCUUUGCAGCUUCUCCUGGGGAGGCCCCUGCCGCACCCGAAGGGGCCGCCGCGCCAGCCCCCCCAACCCCUGUAGCAGCAGCACUUGAUGCAUGUUCAGGAAAUGACCCCUUUGCCCCGUCUGAAGGUAGUGCAGAGGCUGCACCCGAGCUGGACCUCUUUGCAAUGAAGCCACCUGAGACCAGUGUUCCUGUAGUUACCCCUACAGCUAGCACAGCCCCUCCGGUUCCCGCCACUGCUCCUUCUCCUGCUCCCGCCGUUGCAGCUGCCACUGCUGCCACUACUGCUGCCACCACCGCCGCUGCCACCACUGCCACCACCUCCGCCACCACCACCACCGCUCCUCCUGCUCUAGAUAUCUUUGGUGAUUUAUUUGAUUCUGCUCCCGAAGUCGCUGCAGCGCCUAAGCCAGAUGCUGCUCCUAGCAUAGACCUGUUUGGUACAGAUGCUUUCUCCUCUCCACCACAAGGGGCCUCUCCCGUGCCUGAGAGUUCGCUCACUGCUGACCUCUUAUCCGAUGCAUUUGGAAGUAGUGCUUCUGAACCCCAACCUGCACCUCAGGCUGCUUCUAGUUCGUCCACAUCGGCAGACCUACUAGCUGGAUUUGGGGGUUCUUUCAUGGCCCCUUCUCCAUCACCAGUGACUCCAGCUCAGAAUAACCUGCUACAGCCCAAUUUUGAGGCAGCUUUUGGAACAACGCCUUCAACUUCUAGCAGCAGCUCCUUUGAUCCAUCAGUGUUCGAUGGUCUAGGUGACCUUCUGAUGCCAACCGUGGCACCGGCCGGGCAGCCUGCACCCAUCUCAGUGGCACCUCCCAGUCCUGCAAUGGCAGCAAGCAAAGCCCUUGGGAGUGAUCUUGACUCAUCUCUUGCCAGCUUAGUAGGCAAUCUUGGAAUUUCUGGUACCACAUCUAAAAAGGGAGAUCUUCAGUGGAAUGCUGGAGAGAAAAAGUUGACUGGUGGAGCCAACUGGCAGCCGAAAGUGGCCCCUGCAACCUGGUCGGCAGGUGUCCCGCCAAGCGCACCUUUGAAAGAUUGGGCAGUGUUCUAUUGUCAAGGAACUGUACCUCCAACUAGUUCUGUUCCUCCUGUUGCUGGGGCCCCACCUGUUGGACAACCUGGAGCAGGAUUUGGAAUGCCUCCUGCUGGGACGGGCAUGCCCAUGAUGCCUCAGCAGCCAGUCAUGUUUGCACAGCCCAUGAUGAGGCCACCCUUUGGGGCCACAGCUGUACCUGGCACACAGCUUUCUCCAAGCCCUACACCUGCCACUCAGAGUCCCAAGAAACCUCCAGCAAAGGACCCAUUAGCGGAUCUUAACAUCAAGGAUUUCUUGUAAACAAUUUAAGCUGCAGUUUUUGUGACUGAAUAGGAAAAAAAUAAUGAGUUUGGAGACUUCAAAUAAGAUUGAUGCUCAGAGUUUCAAAGUGAGCCACCAGUACCAAACCCAAUGCUUACUCAUAACUUCUCUUCCAAAAUGUGUAGCACAGCUGUGAAAGUGAACAUUAGGAAUGUGUACCACCUUAGCUGUUAUCCCUACUCUCAAAAUUGUAGUGUAUUUGGGUUAUUUGUGUGUCGUACGAUGUAAACAAUGAAUGGAUGUUUCCGAUGCCUUUAGUGCUGUUCUGGACCUCGCCCAUGGACGGAUCAUGCAGCUGUUGUCUGGUGAGCCAUUUGGAAAGAUGUGUCUGUGUUUUUGAAGGUUUCAAUGUAUAUAUAACUUUUGGACAAACCUAAACUCUCCCCGUAAAUUCUCUUUUCUUCUGUAUCUCUGUUACAAACAUAGUGUGAUAAUAUCCGAUAGUAAGGAAAACACUCUUAAAUAUACAAAACUUUUUUCCGUGUGGAGUACAUUUUUCCAAUCACAGGAACUUCAACUGUUGUGAGAAAUGUUUAUUUUUGUGGCACUGUAUAUGUUAAGAAAUUUUAUUUUAAAAAAUAUAAAGGUUAACGUCCAUAGUAAAUAUUUCUCCUUGAAGCUACCUUAUCAAGAAUGAAAAAAUCAUAUGGGAAGAAUUCCAUAUUUAAUCAAUGCUAUAUUAAAAUAUAUAUUUUAAUUAUAUUUGACAGGUUUUGCAUCUAAAUUGACCUAUUUAUUCAUUCUUGAUUAAAUGCACUGAAAAGUACAGGUCCGUUUCUACCAUGUCCGUGAAAAUGCAAUUAGAGAUGUGCUAUUUAAGCGAUUACAAGUCACCCUAAGGUGUAUCUGUAAUUUAAAGAUUACUGCAGAUAUUUUUGUUUUAUUGUGGGUUUUAUGUACAUCUGUUAAUUUAGUAUUUCUUUGUGUGUUCUGUAGACUAGUGUUCUUCCAUCCCUCACUUGAGCUCAGAGUAGCUUUUGUUGUACCAUUGUGAUUAGAAUUUAAACUAAUUCAAAGAAUUGUAUCCUUUACUGUACAUACUGUAUUCUUUAAUUUUUAAUUUGUUGUCAUACUGUCUGUGCUGAUGGCUUGGCUUAAGAUUUUGAUGCAUAAAUGAGGUCACUGUUGAUCAGUGUUGCUAGUGGCUUGGCAGCUCUUCGUAAAAGCAUAUUGGGUUGGAAAGGUGUUUGCCUAUUUUUCCAAUUAUUUAAUAGAUGUAUGGUACCAUUUAAAAGUGGUUGUAUCUGAAUUACUGUGGGGAUAACAUACACUGUAAUGGGGAAAAAUUACCUAAAACCAAUUUCAAAAUGGCUUUUCUUUGUAUUUCAGUUUAAAAACCCAGUGCAUGUACGCCCUCUGAGAUGCAAUAAACACCUUGA